GCCAUGGAGCUGAUGUCAAAUGUGUAGACUGGCACCCGUCAAAGAGCUUGCUGGCAUCAGGGAGCAAAGACAAUCAGCAGCCAAUUAAACUCUGGGAUCCUCGUUCUGGUCAACCCCUUGCAAAACUACAUGCUCAUAAAAGCACAGUCAUGGAUCUGAAGUGGAAUGCUAAUGGUAACUGGCUCUGCUCAGCCUCCAGAGAUCAUCUGCUCAAGCUUUUCGAUAUUCGUAAUCUUUCCACAGAAUUCCAGGUAUUCAGAGGUCACAAAAAAGAGGCAUCAUGCAUUGCAUGGCACCCCCACCAUGAGGGUCUGUUUGCCAGUGGUGGGUCUGAUGGCUCUAUCCUCUUCUGGCAUGUUGGUAAUGACAAGGAAGUGGGUGCCAUUGAGUCUGCUCACGAUGGCAUCAUCUGGGAUCUGGCUUGGCACCCUCUUGGUCACAUACUCUGCUCCGGCUCCAACGAUCACACAUCAAAGUUCUGGACGAGAAACAGGCCAGGCGACAAGAUGAGAGACAAGUACAACCUAAACACAUUACCGGCUGGUGUCCUGGCCGACGACUCCAUGGAUAUUGAUGACAUUCCUCUGAACUCAAGCCUAACCUCGCAAGGAGCCAUUCCUGGUAUGGGCCCAGAUGACAAGAUUGAAGAGACAGAAACGGCUGGGCCUGAGACCAUCCCAGGCUUAGACUUCGAAGGUGUUGGAUUUGACAGAUUCUCCAAGAAAACCCCGUAUGCCAAACCUAUUCCUAAGACCUUUCAGGCAGCGUGGAAUGCCGCUGGUGGGCUGGAGGAAGAAAUUGAAGAAGAAAACAGUGCGACAAGCUGGGUAGUGACGGAUAGUGCUGCCCUGUUCUGCAUGCCAGCCAACAUAGAUGGAGAGAUGGUCUACACAGACGAUGGUGAUGAACUUCCACCUGGCUCAGUGCCCCUGAACAACAUUAAGGCCAAUUCCAUUCUGUACUGCGGUUUCCUCAUUCCUCUGGAGAAAGUGGCAGGAGACGUCAUCCAGAAUGCUUUUGCCACCAUGGAGGAAGAGGAUGCCAUUGCUGAGAUAACUGGAGACUUUGAAUUUGCAAGGAAACUCAUCAAAGAGAAGAACCAGCUACUGAAUCCAAAUGCCAGUGAGGAACCUCCAGAGAAGAAGGGUGGACCCCAGUUUGGUGAACAGAAGAAUCCCAAUUAUGGCAAUAGCAACAACAAUACAGGCAACUACCAGGGCUCAGCAGGGUUUCAAGGCAUGCAGCAACCCUUCGGUGGUGGUCCUAGUGGCCCACACAACCCCAAUUCACAAAGAGGGAACUUCCGAGGGCAAUUUGAUGGAGGGUUCAACCGUGGAGGACCCAGAGGGAAUUGGUCACACAGAGGAAGCGGCCCUAGGGGAGGCCACAAUAUGGGGGGGAUGAGAGAUGGUGGUGAGCAGUAUGAAGAGGGCUUUGAUGAGGACUGGGGAUAUGACGAGCAGGGAGGUGACAAUGGUAUGAAUGGGGGUGGCCACUGGGGGGGCUACGAGGACCGAGGGAGAGGGCGUGGCCGAGGCAGAGGAAGAGGGAGGGCUAGAGGAAGCUUCAAGGACUUUGGGGGUUAUGAGGAUGAUGAUCACAUGGGUGGGGGAGGCAGACCUAACCACUGGCGGGGGGGAAGAGGUGGCAUGCAGGGGGGGGAGGACCACUAUGGUGGGGGAGGAGGAGAUUGGCAUGGGGAGAACACAUGGUCAGGGAAGGGUAACAAUUACAACAACAACCAGGAUGGCGGAUGGGAUGGUGAAGAGUAUGGGGGCCAUGGUGGUCGGGGAGGGCCAUGGAGGGGUAGGCCAAGAGGGCCAAGGGGAGGCGGAGAUUUCCAGAGGGGAGGGAGAGGCGGGUCAGGCAGAGGUGAUUUCCAAAGAGGAAGAUCGAGAGGGGGUGACUUUCAGCGUGGUAGAGGGCGGGAGGUCCACCAAGGGGGAGGGGGAGGGGCAUUGAAGGGGGUGGUGGAUGGGACAACUUUUAGUGAUACUCUUUUUUAUGCAAAGCCACACAUAAUCCAUUCUUUCACUUGGGGAAUCGCACUGUUCAGGAGUGUUACAGGCAACUUUUUUUUUUUUUUUUUUUUUUUUUUUUUUACAAAUUUAGUAUGAAAGAAAAUUGAGCAUUCCUGACUUGGAUGAUUUCUUGCAGACAUUAUUCUCUUUUUUAUAUAUAUAUAUAUUUAUCUUUAAAUGAUAUACUUAGGUCUUAUGCAUAUCUGCAUGAAUGUAUGUAUGCAUGCAUGUUUCUAAAGAGUGAGAGAUAAAAGUGAUAGAUUAUUGUAACAAUUAACCUUCAGUGUCUGAAGAAUUUUUACUGGUUCUUUUGUUUUUCAUUUUGCUCUUGACUCAUUUUAAUAAUUUCAUGGUAUUCCUGCAGUUAAUUUCUUUAAAAAAUUAUAUUUAUAAUCUCAAUUGCUUCUAUCAUAAUGAGAAGAAAUUUCUGCCGCACAGAGACUGUGGUCUUGAAUCUGAGCAAAAUAUAAGUAUCUCUCUUUGGUGUGAAGGGAAGAGUUUGUUUUAUUAUUUUUGGCAAUACUAUAGAUGCAAUUACAGUUUUGUGUUGAAAGGUGAAUAAACUGACUUAGUUUAUGUGCCAUUCACAUGUAUAGUAUUUUGUUUGUUUCCUUUAGUUGGUCAAAAAAGAAGGCUUGUUUUUUUGCAACAGCUUUCAGUUCAAACAGUAAUUCCAUUCACAAUUAUAUGAGUAUGUUCUGUCUUCCUUGAGAAUGUGGUUUCAUAAUUGCUAUAAAUUGUGCGGGCAUUUAGAAAAGAAGCAAAAGCAGCACAGCAUAAUAUUAUACAAGUUAUAUUUUUUCAUGACAGCUCAAAACACUACCAGAUCUUCUUAAACAUUAUUAUUUCAAAUCCAUGGAGUAUUAUUAUGUUGAAUUUACUUUUGAUGAGGCAUUGUUCAUAGAAAGAAAUAAAGCAAAAAUACUUUCUUCGUCAGGUAAACAACGAAUCAGUUUCUAAUUCAGUUUGUUGGAAAAUUCAACCAGUAUGUAAAAGAAAUAGAUCAGUUAGUUAAUGUGUGUGGGUAAGUGUUUGUAAAUGUA